AUGUAUGAUUCUAUUGAUUCAAAAUCACCAGUAGAAUCUUCUUUUUUAGAGGAAAAUUUCGAAGCGAAACGAAAAUAUUUGAUUGAAUUAAUUGAAAACUGGAAUGAAAAUAGACUUGAAUUAUUUGCUAUUUCAAUGCCUGAAGAUGAUAGUCUUGAAAUUUAUGGUGCUAUGAGAUUUUAUUUUCGGGAUACAGGUGAAAAAGUUUUUUCUAAAUGUAUUAGAGUUUCAUCUACAGCCACCACAGAGACUGUCAUUGAGGCAUUGGUGGAAAAAUUUAGACCAGAUAUGAAAAUGUUAACAACUCCUGAAUAUUCUUUAUGGGAAGCUCAUGAAAAUGGUAAUGAAAGAAGACUAGGAAGUGAGGAAAAACCAUUACUAGUACAAUUAAAUUGGCAUAAAGAUGACAAAGAUGGUAGAUUUAUUUUAAAAAAUGAUAAUGAACCUGAAAAGAUAAAUCGUAAUACUGGAAGAUUUUCAAAACGACUUAAAAAUGAACUUAAAAAAAGAUCUAAAAGUAUAGAUAAUGUUAAAGGAUCAAAUUCUAAAUUAUUUGAAGAACCAAAAACUGUCACAGAGGAGGUAUUUAGUGAUGCAUCAAGUAAUCCAUUCAAUAGGACAAUAUCAAAUCCUGAAGUAGUUAUGAAAAAACGACGUGAACAAAAAUUGGAAAAUAAGCUUAAAGAAAUAAUGGGUAAUAAUGGUGGAUCAUUAAAAAUAUAUGGUCAUAAUAUUAAUCCAUUUAAAAAUUAUGUCUCAAUACUUGUCUCAAUUUAUGAUAGAGCAUCAAAAAUAUUAAUUGAAGCAUUACAAAAGUAUGGUAUUGAAAAUGAAGAUCCAACUAAUUUUGUAUUGACUCAGAAAAUCAUGCCACAUAACUCAGUAAAUAGAAUGUCUAAAUCUAAUUCUGACCUUCGAGAAGAGGAGACAGAGGAUGCAGUGAUGUUUAAUGAAAGGGUAUUAGAUGGAGAUGAAUGUCCUUUAUUGAAUCUUCUUAAUCAUAAAGAAAAGAAACACGAUAAUAGAACAUCAAAUGAAGAAAUUAUUUUUACAUUAAGACGGCGUCCUCCUCCUUCAAAAAUGCCUCCACAAAUAGUUAUGGCUACUCAACAAACUACACCAUCGCCUAUAUAUCAACAUUUAAAUAAGCAUUCUAUGAUAAAUUUUACAACAUCACAAUAUCAACAACCUUUAGGAGUAUCACCAACUAAUUCAGUUACCUCUUCUUCUUCACAAAUGUAUGGUGGUAACAUACAAAAAUCAAUUUGUAAAAGACCAGCUCUUGUUCCAAUUAAUCAUUUAACAGGAAAAGAAAACCAUGAUUCUGUUAUUUUAAUUCAACCUAAUGUAACGAUUAUUGGAUCAAAUCCAGAUUUAGCGCAACCACAAAAUCAGGCAAUAUUGUUAACUGGUCAAAAUGUAAUUCCUAGACAUUGUUUGAUCUCAUUUUCUGAUGGUGGUGUUUCAAUAACCCCACUAGAUGGAAGAGGUAUAGUUGAAGUGAAUGAACGACAAAUUAUCUCAACAACAUUACUUAAAGAUGGCUUUACUAUAAAAAUUGGAAAUGUAAACGGAUUUAAAUUCUAUUCAAACUAUAAUCAAAAUACAUAUUUUCUUAAUAACAAUUUAUUAGGAAGUCAUCAAAUACAAUCAACAUCACCUUCAAUUAACGAUCCAACAAUGCCAAUAACAACACAUUUUGAUGCAAAUCCAUAUGCUGCACCAGUAUAUCCAAGAAAAGGAUCAGUAUCCUCAAUAUACUCAUCACAAUCACCAUAUAAUUUAACUUCUAAUAAUUUUUAUGGAAAUACUCAACAAUUAUCAAUUUAUCCACCACAAAAUUUACCAGGUCUUAUUGAAGUUAAUGAUCAAUAUAAAAAUGAUGAUUUAUUUUUAUCAUUAUUAAUAACUAAUUCAACAAUUCAAUUAAUUAACUUCCGUCCUGGUCCAGCAUUCAUUCUUUAUAUGUCAUUGAGACAUCGAUCUUGUACAUUAUAUAGACCAUCUAUUCAAAUGGAUGUUAGAAAUGGACUUACUCAACAAUAUUUUAAUAUGAUAUGUAAAAAGAUAACACAUGUUGUUUAUUCAAGUCCUUCAAAUGUUGAUAGUUUAGCAUUUUGGUUAACUGUUUCUUCUGAAUUAUUAUUUAUAAUUCAAUCAGAUAUUCAUCUUAAUUCAAUAUUAUCACAAUUAGGAGAUAAUUUAUUUAAUCUUGUUGAGAAAUGUUUUUCAUUAUUAAAUGAUGCAUGUCAUGUACAAUUAUCACAUACAAUGUAUUCAUUUUUAAAUGGAACAAUUGAUGAUGUAAUUGCAAGUAAUGAAACAAUAUCUGUUUUUGAAAAUAUAAUGAGUCAACUUCGAAGAAAUCGUACAAAUGCAGCUUUACAAAUUCAAAUAUUUUCACAAUUAUUUCAUUAUGUUAAUAUGUAUAUAUUUAAUUGGAUGGUUGGAACAGAAGAAGGUGCCCGUCACCUAACAUUAUCCUGGGCUAUACAUUUAAAAGAACGAUUAUAUCAUAUUUAUAAAUGGGCUGAAAAUCAUGGAUUAGAAUUGGCUGUUGAAUGUCAUAUGGAUAGAAUUCAACAAGCUGUUAAUUUAUUAACUACACCUAAAACAGUUGAUCAAGUAGCUGUACUUGGUGCUACUUGUUAUAAAUUAAAUUCACGACAAGUUGAAUAUUUAUUAACAAGAUAUAUUAGUGAUAUAUCUGAGACACCAGUUACAGAAAGUAUUGUUAAUGAUUGUAUAAAAUUAUCACAAAGUCAAGCUGAUGAAUCAGCAAGAGAAGAGGGUUUGUCUGUUGAAUUGUUAGAGGAAAGAAGGUUAAAUGUUCCUUUUAUGUUUCCUCAAGAAGGAUAUGUAAUACAACUUCAAAAAGGUAUUCCAUCUUAUUUAAUGGAAUUAAUAGACUACUUAGAACAACAAGGUGUAUGUCGAUUUAUUCCACUUGGUAAUAUUAAUGGUUCAUGGACUGUUCAUAUGAAAAAUUAUGUUCAUAAUUCAGAGACAUUAUCUCAAGCUUCUACAGAAUUUGCAUCAUCAUCAAGACAUCAUAUUAAUAUUCCUCAUAAUCAAUCACUUUCUAUACCUAAUACUAAUUAUAAUAACAUGAAAUUACAAAUUGUAUCAAUAUCAUUUUCUAAAAUUAACAAUGGAAUUGGUCUUUCAAUUGUAGCAGCACAAAGUACAGAAAAUAAAAAUGUAGGAAUUUAUGUUAAAAAAGUAUUUGAAGGUGGUGCUGCUCAUAAAGAUGGUAGAAUAGAAACAGGUGAUCAAUUAUUAUCAUUAAAUGAACAUUCAUUAAUUGGUAUAUCACAGGAGGCUGCCGCUGACAUUAUGGCUAAAUGUGGUCCUCAAUUACAUUUUAAAGUAGGAAAAAAUGCUGCUUAUUGUAAUGGUUUAUCAUCUUGGUUUUCUAAAGAUACUGAAAACAAUGAAAAAGAAAUAAAAUAUCAGCAAAGAAAUAUAAAUAAUCAGACUCCUUUAUAUAAUGGAACUAAUUAUAAUUCAAAUUUAAGUGUUAACAAUUAUUCUAUUUAUAGACCAAGAACUACUAGUGAAUCAUCAAUGCAAAGUAAUUUUACUAAUAAUCUAUCAAAACAAACACAUCAUUUACCAUCACAUUACCGUACAUCAAAUCGUCCACCUAUUAUUCAACCUGGACGACCAUCAAAUUAUAAUAAUACUUCUAAUAUAUCUAGUUCAUCAAUAGGAUAUCCAAUACAUCAUAAUGAUUAUACCUCGAUGAACCAAGUUUUUAAUAAAAACAUGAUUCCUUCAAGUGUGCGAAUAAGAUCUUCAAGUGUUAUACCCUUUGGACAAGAAAAUUCAAGUACAACAUCAAUAAUACCAUCACGACAUCCAAUAAAUAUUAGUACUAAUAAUCAAGGAAAUAAUUUAAUGAUUAAAAGGGAAUAUCUAAAUAGUGGUAGAAGAUCAGCACCAUUAUUUGGUGAGGAAUUAUCACCAAAAGAAUUACGUGAAAAAUUAAAUGAUGAAUUAGAUAUGUUAGAGGCAAAAGGUGAUAAAAUGACAGAUUAUGAUCGUUUAAGGUAUCGUGAAAUUGUCCAACAACUAGGAAAUAUUAGUACAAGUCCACAAAAAAAUUUAAAUAAUACAAAUGGUUUAGGUGUACGUUACCGUCAAAAUCAUAUUCAUCAACCACCACCACCAUUUUUAUCAGAAAUGACAUCAAAAUUUGAGCAAAAAAGGCAAAGUCAAAGUUCUUCUAUGAGUGGUAGUAGUAGUAAUCAUAAUCAUUAUAGAAAUGGUGUUGAAAGUAUAAUAGAUACUGUUGUAGCAGAUGUAAAAAAAAUAAAUUUAGUGGUUGAAGAAAAUCAAUCUAAAGAGAGUAAUUUUAAUAAUCGUUCAAAUUUUGAUAACGAUGUAAAAUUGUCUAAUUCACUUAAUAUAUCUAAAAAUUGUAAUAGUCAACAAGUAGAACAACUAUCUCCAAAUAGUCAAGAAGAAAAUAAAAAUCCUCUUCAAAAUAAUGUUAUAGAAAAAAACAAAGAUGACUUAAAGAUGAAUGAACAAAAUGAGGAUGAAACAGAUGAACCAAGAGUACAAAUAAUAGGAAAUAAUGAAAUUUAUAAUGAUCCAAGAAUACGACGCCUAAAUGAAAUUCAAUCACGUUCCAAUAGAACCAAUGUUGAUGGAAGUAAUCUUGAUUUUAAAGAUAAAAUGAAAAUGUUUGCUGCAUCAUUAGGUGAAGAAACACCAAAAGCAAGGAUUUCUACCAGUUCAGCUCAACGUGAAAUUGAACAUAGUUUAGAGAAAUAA